CCAGCUGAGUUAGCAAGUGAAAGAACACAGUAGUUGACUUCUUGCAGAGAAAUUCUCUCAAUCUCUCCUCCUCCGGGCUCUAGGAAGCAAGGACAGACCGGAAUUUGAGGUAAAGAAUAACUAAAUUCAACAUCAAUGCAGCUUUCUGUGGCUAGAACGUGGAAUUCUUGAACUUCUCCUUGUCCUAUUUCUGUUUUUUCUUCAUCUUUUGCUCUGCCGAAGAACAGGGAGAAUCCAUAAGGAUCACAAAGAAAAUGGCAUUUCUCAGAAUAAUGGUUCUGUUAUGGGCAGAUAUGCUUGCAACAUAUGUGAUGUGGAUAAUGCAGACAUACUUAACAAAUGUUUGGAAACUUGGAUUUACUCAUGCUGCUGGAAUCAUGAAUAUUUACACUGGCCUAACUAAAUUUCUGCCAUUAGUGCUUUUCAUCUUUGUGGAUGCUGGCCUUGGUAACUACUGGAAUCUGCUCCUCUCAAGUACAGCCUUUUCAAUUGGUUUGGGAUUUCUAUCAAUGUCAACCCCACCAGUUCUACACAAGGCCACAGGGACCUGUAAAGGUUACGAGCCAAAUUGCCUUGGUCAUACACAAAAUGCCCUCUUUUACACAGCUUUGGCAUUGAUAGCAGUUGGAUUAAGUGGACAUGUUGUCUCACUGGUUGCAUUCGCUGACAAUCAGAUUGAAAAGAAGCCAGAUGAACCUAAAGUCAACGAGCCGAAGUUUGAACGAAGUUCAAAGUCCUUCCUAUACAAGUUAAGGAGAGGGCCUGAUGGAAAAUUGAAAUAUAUGCCAAACUUACGAACCCCAUCUUUCAUGGUCAAUUAUCAGAAGAAAAAGAAGCAGCAGCAGCAAGCUGAGAGUACUCCAAAAACUGAAGUUGAUAUAUCACAACUUCAAUUCCAACCAAUAGAAGCAAUGCUGGCCCUUGUGCAAAAAGAGCGAGUGAAACUCCUUGGCGCUGCUUGUAUAAUCCUUGUCCCUGUUAUUGGUUUAAUUGCUCUACCAUAUAUAAAACCAUGGUCACUUCGGUUUGGUAUCCCAGCAAUAUGUACAUUGGUGGCAACCCUUGCAUUCCUGCAAGGUACACGUUCAUACAAAGGGGAAAGUAAACCAGAAGGAAGUCCAGUAACCAAUGUUUUAAGAGUCUUUGUGGCCUCCACAUGCAAAAUGUUUGAAGAUCCUAAGCAAUAUUCAGAGCUUUAUGAGAAUCAAGACACCAACACUCCAAAAUUGCCUCAUACCAAGGGACUACUCAGUUUCUUAGACAAGGCUGCCAUCCAAUUGACGACUGAAAUUGAAAAACCAGAAAGGCAUAGGUGGAGACUGUGCACUCGGACAGAAGUAGAGGAGACAAAAAUCAUAAUCCGCAUGAUUCCAAUUUGGAUCACCUUUGUAAUUUGUGGUGUCAUUACUUCUGUUGGAAACACAUACUUCGUAGAGCAAGCAAACCACAUGAAUUACAAGAUUGGAAAACUAAAGUUGCCUAACUCAGUCAUUCUGGUGUUCUAUGAAAUAUCAAAGACACGGAUUAAGUUAAUUUACACUGCUAUUGGAAGGUACUUAAGAGGAGCAUGCAAAGAAAAGUAUGCUCCCUCAAUUGGCAUUGCGCUUGCUACAAUCUUCUCAUUGUUAUGUUGCAUAACUGCUUCUGGAAUUGAAACUCGAAGAAUACAUGUGAUCAGAAGUCAUGGACUGCUAGAUAAACCGGAAGAUAAGAUCCCUUUGAGUGUGUUUGUGCUUCUUCCACAAUACUUUCUUCUAGCUGGUCUGGACUCGUUCUAUGAAAACAGUGUUACCCCUUUCUUGACUGAUCAGAGUCCUCCUUCGAUGAAAAAGUACCUUGUAUACCUCAGUCCUGGAUUAUCUGGGCUAGGAAUCGUUGGAAGUGUUUUAUCAGUUUAUGUUGUAGGUAAAGUUAGUGAAAAAGGGGGAAAAAGGAAUUGGUUUCAGUACACAUUAAACCAGAGUCGCCUGGAUCGCUAUUAUUGGGUGCUUGCUGCCCUGAGUGCUGGAAAUUUCAUUUGGUUUGUAUUCUGGGCUGUAUUGUUCCCUCUUAGAGAACCAGAUUCAAAUGAUGAAGAAAAGGCUGGAAAUAAUGAUGGAAAUGAGGAACAGACUCGAAAUCAAGAAAAAGAGGAACCUAUUGGAAAUAGAGAAUGGGUUGACCCUUCUCUGAAUUUUGUUAACGAUCUAUUGGCUGAUAACAUUACACGUUGAUAUAUGGCUUGAGAGCAACAUUAACUUUGUCUCAAGAAAGUGUUUCCCACUCAAGCUUCAUAGGUCUUGUACAUGGUUCAUACCUUUUAUUUUUAUUUUUUUCUUCUAUAGAGGAUAAUUAUGCAGAAAUUCCUUUUUAGAUUAGUUGAAGGAUUUUUGUUGUUCAUAUUGAUUUCACUCCAUCAUCCUAUUAGAGGCAAAGUUACCUUAUUGUGACCUGAUGUACAACUUUUGUGUCUACCAGAGAAGAGAGAAAGAUUAUCUAUCUUAAUUUUGUCUCGUGUCAGCAAUUAUUUUCACUUAAUUUGGUCAUCUGCAGCUCGAGUUUGAAGCAGUACCAACAUUUGUCUUACUUUGAUGCAAUUGCCCAACCGCUAGGCUUCGCUAUGUGUGGAUUGUGAUUUGUGUUCUGAUUGUGAUCUGUGAUGGAUUAACACUUGGAAGUGUUUUGUGUUAAGCUUGAAGUAAGUUUGAUCCACCUUAAUGGGGCUGAGGGUUGCACUAUCAUAUCAGAACCGAGCCAGAACAAACUGGCUCUUUUCCAUUAUGUUGAGCAUUUUGGAGGGAUGAAGUGAUCACUGUCCAGGAGAAGAUGACACUACAUUGCAGAAGGAUUUACAACAGAAACAAAAAGGAGCUUAGAAAUUGUGUUCAAGGAGUAUUUGAUGAACGUUAAUUGAGUCGAGCUUUAGUAUUACAACUGAAGAAAUUUCUCAAGGCUGGAUAAAAGCAUGUGAAUGAUCUCUGAUACAAAUUAUGCAUGGAUAAACCUGAGAACAGCAGGUUUAGCAACAGAACCUGCAACAACAAAAAACACAAAUUUGAGAGAAUAUUCAAUGGUGUGCAUAGCAGCAACAGAUUUUGAGAGAGAGAGAGAGAGAGAGAGAGAGAGAGAGAAGAUGUUUAGAUGCAAUUGCGCCUCUAGUUUACCUUCAAUGAAGAUAUGAAAGACCAAUGUGAAUUUUUAGAUGUGGACUUCAGGCUGAUCAUUUUCUAAAUCACUCUGUUCUUUCUGAAUCAGCUUGACAGAAUUCUUGGCAGAGGGACUGCACCCCCUCAUCUCAAUAAUCUCUAGUGUUGGAAUUUCUCCUAAACCUGAAGGGAUUUCUUGAAGAUGUUUACAUCUGUGCAAUACAAUUUGCUCAAGACUGCGAAGAUGCUCACUAGAUACAAUCCAUGUUGUAAUGUUCAGCAAAUCCAAUUUCAAGAACUUCAGGAAAGCUAAACUUGGAAGGACUGUGAACCUUACCAGAGAAGCAAACUUUAAGAGAUUCAAGUCGACUCAAACAGCUCAAUUCUGGAAAGCUGUUGCAAUCAUCCCAACAUUUUGUAAAUAUGCAUCUGAGUUUCUGCAGCCCAGAUAGCCUACCCAACAUGAUCGUUGAAACAUUACUUCCAUGAUUUAGAAAAAGAGUAGAAAUGGUUUUCAAAUUACUCAUUCCAAUUUAUCAAAAGAUUCCUGACUGUAGUGCGGGAAACGGAAAAAAGCACCGAUGAUAUGAAUAUGCCUCAAUCUUUCCAUAUGCCAAAUAGCCUCCUUUCACAAUUAAACUUUCCAGAUUGCAGAGAUUAGCAAUUUCUGAUGGGAUUUCUUUUGUACAAAACCGGGCAGCCAAGUACCUUAGCUCAACCAGCUCUGCUAUCAGGACCAGAUCAUGAGUGUUGGCGCAACUCUGAAUGGGAACAUUCCUAAAUGUAAUACUUUAAGAAGUCUAAAUUUGGAUUCUGAUACUUUAAAUUUGCUUUCAAAGGACUGAUAUUCCUAAAAUGUUAUAGAAAUGGAGUUUGUGA